AGGACAUUCUGACCACAACAGAAAGAUAUUCAGUAAGUGUCAGUCAACGUGGAAGUAGUAUAGAAUCGAGUUUGACCACUUUUCAGCAAGCUACGUCAAUGGCUUCUUCAAGUGUCAGCCAACAUUUAAGUAGCAUAGAAUCGAGUUUGACCACUUUUCUGCCAGCGACAUCAAUGGGUUCUGUAAGUGCCAGUCAACAUGGGAGUAGUAUAGAAACGAGCAGGACUACUUUAAGACCUCCCGGUACAUUAGGCGCAAACACAAUGACAACAGCCAAUAAGGAAAUGCACCCGACUGCAACUACACAGAGCCCGUGUUACAGCUCACACCAUGCAACUGGGGACAAUGAAGAAUUAUUGAGCAUUUUAUAUAGCGAGUAUAGUGACAACUCUAGACAUGGAAGUGAGUGCACACAAGUUGUAGCAGAAGAAUAUAUUGUGGAGGUGAAUAAAUCUACUACAAUAGACAUUUCAGGCGGAGAUUAUACUACGAGAAUUUAUUUACCACAAUCUGCGAUCCCUGGUGUUAAUGAUGUGGUUGUUUAUAUAUCUUCAGAAGUCAUAUCUGAAAGUAGUGAUCGUAUAAGGACACCAUCGAACUUCACUGAGUUACAAUAUUCAGAGGCUACCAGAGUGGCAAUCAUCGUUAGCAUUCAAUUAGUAUCAAACAAUACGAAGAUACAGAUUAGCGAAAAAUCUUAUAUUGAAAUCGAUUUUGAAAUUUUUGAGGUGUUGGACACAGAUCAGUAUGAUGCAUAUUGCGUUUUUUGGGACAAUAACCCUUCUCCUAACACGUGGUCGACACAUGGUUGCUUCGUCAGUUUCAGUAACUCGUCAAGCACCAUCUGCAGGUGUAACCAUCUAACGAGCUUCACAGUGUUGUUCGCUCUGAAAUCCACGGCUGAUUUAGCAGCUGAUAAGUCCACUUCAAUUUUGUCUGUGGUUGUUCUAAGCCUGUCACUGUUUUGCCUUGUUGCUGCUGGGUGCAUUUUCGUUUAUGUUGGGUUACGCAAGACAUUUGUUAUAAAAGUACACUUCUGCUUGUGCGUGGCACUAGCAUCAGCACAUUUUUUGUUUCUGGUUGGAAUUGAUAAAACAGAGAACGAGGUAAUAUUGUUUAAAUAGUUUCAGUGUCAAUAACAUACGGUAAUGUAAUAGUUUUUUUUUAAAGUGCAAUAACUGGCAUAUUAAUGAACUUUUGUCCCAUUUAAAUGCUUAUAUAUAAAUAGUUAAGUUGUAAUUUUUACCUUUUUAAAAUAAUAAUAAUUUAAUUAAUAAUUGACUUAUCGAAGUAUUCAAAUGCACCUUAAACUCUCUCGGACUUUUUAAUAUUUUUAAUAACGCCGAGAAAAUUUCCAAAAAAAAAAAUAUGUACAGUUUGUAUUUUUACAAGAAUUUUUAUAUUUUAUGUUUCUUUAUCUCAUCUUAUUGUAUGACUUUUUUGUUGUGCAGUAUCCUUUGUAUUUAACUGAAGGUAUCACAUGGAGACUGAAUACCAUGUAUGUAUGUGACGAUGAA